CGUUCUUUGAACCUUACGUUUUCCAUAAUGGUCUCCCAAAUGAACCAUGCAACUCUUCUACAAAGUCCGUUCCCAUUAGGCUAUCCGGCAGCCUCUGACAGCGAUUUCACCGGCACACAGCGGCAGUUCGCAGGUUCAACUGGCUUUCCGACAGAUGAAGAUGAUGGUAGUCGGAGGGUUGGUGGUCUCGGUUACCCUCUGGCACAACCAGCCUCGAUGCCUAUUAGCAACGGUUUGAGGUACAGCGCACAGCAGUCUACAAUGCAGGAUAUGCCUUUUGCAGCUUCUCCCACCAUUCUUAUGAGCCCUACUGAUUCAUGCUCUGGUGCGUUCUCAACUUGUUCUCCGUCUCAGCCUUAUUAUUGCCGACCGUUCACUUUACCAACGAAUCUCCAUAAUCAUGGGAAUCUUGACAGACACCUACUCUCAAGCAUCGGGCCCCAUUUACUCUCAUUCCACAGGGAUUCAAUACGAAAGAAUGCCAGAUUUUCGAUCACGGGUGCCUACUCUGUAAGUUUACCAGAAUCGCGGUUGACUUCUUAUAGUCACUCACAAACGGCCUGCUAUGGCCCCCAUCCUUCUAGUCAACCGCCGACUGGCAUUUCACCAACUAUGCAAUCGCCUGGUACGGCUGUCACUGGGGCGCCUGGUCUUAUCGGUAGAAGUGACGGCUAUCCAUCAGCAUUCGCUCUCGCCAGGAAUCCGUUCCCUCCCCUAACGGCCCUGAACGACAUAUCAAGGUUCCCUCAGUACACAAGCACCCCACGAACUCUCGAGAAUCCCCUGGACCGGCCUCAAAACUUGAUGUUCGGGCAUGGUGGUAACUUGCUGGUUGAGCCCGGACAGCGAUUAUCACAAUCUAUGACCGAUGCACCUCCUUUUGACGAGACCAACAUCCUUCAUCAGAUUGUCACAGGCAACCAAACUAUCAACCCGGAAAUCCAAGCCAAGAUUCACAAGGGGUUUUUUGAAGUUGAAGGGAAAUGGACCUGCUAUCGACGUAAUUAUUUUUCAGUCUCGUGCUCAUUUACUCUACACCCUUGGAUUCACAACGCUCCACUUUUCAUCAAAUUUCCUGACCAGGGAUCGGAACGAAUUCGAUCAUUCGCAAUGUCAAUAUCCGCGAUAGUAACCGCUCAAUGUGGAGAGACCCGGGAGCUAGUGCAACAUACCCCAAAGCGUGAUAAGCAAUCUGAGAGGAAGCCGGGGAGGAUUCCUUUGAAUCCUACGCAGCCGCCUCCAUUGCCCAGUCAAGGACCAGUUCCUAACAGCAACCAUCUGGGGUUUGGGCUAGCCUCUCAUUCAACCGGAAUGACAAUGGAUUACAAUUCCACUUACGCCGGCGCCCAGCAACCGUCAGAGCCAGCGACCCAGCACACCUUUGAACGUAUACAGUUUCAGAAGGCUACCGCAAACAACGGCAAACGUCGGGCGCAGCAACAAUACUAUAAUCUUGUUGUCGAACUCCAUGCUGAAAUUGCCAGCGGAGCCAACAAGACCCAGUGGGUCCAAAUUGCUCGGAAGCUUUCACAUCCAGUGGUUGUUCGCGGCCGUUCGCCCGGGCACUACAAGGAUGGACGACGCGAUAACAGCACAAACAUGGGCCCAGAUGGUGGAAGUGGCGCUUCUGGAAAUGCUGGCAGAGGACCUCUGUUGCCCCCGGGAAUCGCUCAGUCUACGCGCUCUCACUUGACUCUGAUGUCAUACGACGCAUCUCAAAGGGGAGGUCCUCAUUACGGCCGGCCUGAUUACCACCAGAUCGUCACGAGAGAUCAGUCGCCUUUAAGCGGAAGCCCGUUGAUGUCCUCAUCUUCGUCGCCUGCCUUCGACAUGACCAUCCCUAUGGACCACAUUGAUACAAUGAAGCAUGCGUCGAGCAUGGACUCGUAUCAAGACCCAACAUUGGUUGGAACAUCCCUGGAGUAUAGAAAACUUGAGGUGCCGACUUCAUACCGAAACCAGCUAUCACCGUUCGAAUAUGACUCGCCGUCCAAAGACAAUGGGGAUCCCGGACCUCAUUUCCCGGACACACUUGAUCCGAUGAUGCCGAUGAUUCAGAAUGACCAGGAUGAUCCUUCGCAUUUUACAAAACGGCCUUCCAAGUUCACGCCUUACCAUCACAGUCAAUCUGCCGCUGGGGGCUAUGACCCUGUCUUUUCCAGUCGAUCGGCAGACAGCAACUCGUAUCCUCGGUUCGAUCCCAUUUCGAAUUCGCAGAGCCUGUGCACCUAGCUAUGUUUGCAUGUGUCGCAUUUUCUUUGUUAUUUCAAUAAAAUUGAAGGGUAAAAAUUCGGUGGACGAUUAAAAGGACACCAUAUGGGUCCAUGACAGGGAUGCCAUGUACGCAGGUUUGUAUCCUGAGCAUUCGUUUCAUUACCAAACCAGCCAUCUCAUGAUAUUUCUUUUUUUUGGUUUAUUCUCAUUUGAUUUAUUCCCCUGUCAAUUUGCAGGUCAGGAUAUAGCUAUCUUUCUAGUAUUCCGGCAUGUGGCAAAACAUGAAUUGAACCGUUUGGCCGGAGUGAAGAAGAGACGCCGCACCUUGAUGUUCUUACUAUCUUUUAUUUAAAUUUGUGGUCUUUACUUCUCUGUUUGCUUUAUUUUUAUUUUUAUUUUAUUUUCUUAUCGCAUGGUACGAGCUGCUGAAGACGGACUACGC